AUGACGACGUCAAUCGCUGGUCUCCUUGCCCAACCUCGAAGAAACAGCCGUGCAGAGAGCAGUCCAUUGGAUCUGAUGUCCAUCGCGGCGAAGAAACUCGAGAUUGCUAGCAACCUCAAAUCAUACCCUGGAAGUCUUGGUCGUCGUCAACAACAUGCAGAUUCUCAUGUCCAAUAUCGUAGCAUGCUCGAUAUCGAUGAGGCACCGAGCUUAUGUCCAAUCGAUCUCAGGUCCGAGGAAUCGAUGGAGGAUUGCUUUAUGGAGAAUAUCCGCGAGAAGGCGCACAAGCAUAAAACGAAUGAUUGGGCUGACAUAUUAUGUUUCUACACAGCUACAAAUGGAGUUGCCCAAGCGGCGGCACCAACACGAGCCUCACCAGUACCAAACGGAAAGCCUACAUCCCCAAGGAUGGAUAUUCCACAGAGUGUGAGCUCGUCGGAUCCCAAGAUCGCAGCUCAACAAGCCAGUGAUAUGCGAAAUAUUGUGCGACGGAAGUUGACAGGAUAUGUUGGGUUUGCGAAUCUACCCAACCAGUGGCAUCGCAAGAGUGUCCGAAAAGGUUUCAACUUCAACGUUAUGGUAGUCGGUGAGUCUGGUCUCGGAAAAUCAACUCUAGUGAACACCCUUUUCAACACUUCACUAUACCCACCUCGCGAGAGAAAGGGACCAAGUCUCGACAUUAUCCCAAAAACCGUUGCUAUCCAGUCAAUCAGCGCCGACAUCGAAGAGAACGGAGUCCGCUUACGAUUAACCGUCGUCGACACUCCAGGAUUCGGAGAUUUCGUCAACAAUGAUGCUUCCUGGCAGCCAAUCGUUGAUAACAUUGAACAGCGUUUCGACGCUUAUUUGGAUGCUGAGAACAAAGUCAACCGUAUGAACAUUGUUGAUAACAGAGUCCACGCCUGUGUCUACUUCAUUCAGCCAACCGGCCACGCCUUGAAGCCGCUUGACAUUGAGGUUAUGCGAAGACUUCAUACCAAGGUCAAUUUGAUCCCUGUCAUUGCUAAGGCCGACACCAUGACCGAUGAGGAGAUUCUUGCAUUCAAGCAAAGAAUUCUCGCGGACAUCAAGCAUCAUGCUAUCCAGAUCUUCGAAGGUCCCAGAUACGAACUCGAUGAUGACGAGACAAUUGCUGAGAACAACGAGAUCAUGUCCAAAGUACCAUUCGCAGUUGUCGGAGCCAACUCUGAGAUUACCAGCGGAGAAGGACGUAAAGUCCGCGGGCGUCGUUACCCAUGGGGUAUUAUUGAGGUUGACAAUGAAGAACAUUGCGACUUUGUCAAACUCCGCCAAAUGCUCAUUCGCACACACAUGGAAGAGUUGAAGGAGCACACCAGCAAUGCGCUGUACGAGAACUACAGAUCCGAAAAGCUUACCGGAAUGGGUGUUGCUCAGGAUCCAAGUGUCUUCAAGGAGGUCAACCCAGCCGUCAAGCAAGAGGAGGAGCGAACUCUCCACGAGCAAAAGCUGGCAAAGAUGGAGGCCGAGAUGAAGAUGGUCUUCCAACAGAAGGUUGCCGAGAAGGAAAGCAAGCUGAAGCAGAGCGAAGAGGAACUGUACGCUCGACAUCGCGAGAUGAAGGAGCAGCUCGAACGCCAACGAAUGGAACUAGAAGAGAAGAAGUCAAGAAUCGAGAGUGGCCGACCUAUAGAGAAGGAAGGAAAGAGGAAGGGUUUCUCUCUUCGUUAA